AUUCAUCAUGACUGUAUGGCUCAUUCACACAAUGAUUGUACGCCUCAUUCACAUACACACGUCAUGUACUUAGCAUCUUACAAUUGUGCUUCUUUCAGAGUUUUGUCGUCUGCAAGUGCUACAAGCGAUGAAGAAGCUGCUGCGAAAGCUGCCGCAGUCAAUGCUGAUACUGGGGCACCAACAAUAUUUGACAAGAUUAUAUCAAAAGAGAUCCCUGCAAACAUUGUAUAUGAGGAUGAGGCAGUUCUUGCUUUUCGAGAUAUAAGCCCAAAAGCUCCAGUUCAUGUUCUUGUCAUUCCAAAGUCACGAGAUGGUCUGACCGAGCUUGGCAAGGCUGAAAAGAGACAUGAAGAGAUAUUGGGUCGUCUUCUUUAUGCUGCUAACAUAGUGGCAGAGAAAGAAGGCAUCACCGAGGGCUUUCGUGUUGUUAUUAACAGUGGCCCGUCUGCUUGUCAAUCUGUUUACCAUCUUCACUUACAUGUACUUGGAGGGAGACAGAUGAAAUGGCCACCAGGUUAAGAUACAAGUUAACUCGAGGUUUAUCCUUCUGUUCUGAGACUUGUUUUUUUAGGCAGUUGUUAUUUCUUGAUACACACCUUUUGAAGAAAUAAUUGGUAAAAUACAGUGUAUCAUCAUGAAUCAUCCUUAUAUAUAAAACUAUUCACAUUAAACCUUUAAGAUAUUAAUUAAGAUAUUAAAGUUUAAUCGGAAUAUAGUUUUGCUUUUAUAAUAUAUCAUAUAUCUCAUAUUCUUAU